AUGGUUAAAAUACGCUGAUUUGAGAUGAAGAAUAGAUUCAUCAAUCAUGCAAGGAAUGUCUGGCAUCGUGCUAUUACCCUUUUGCCCAGAGUCGAUCAAUUGUGGUACAAGUACAUUCAUAUGGAGGAGAUGCUUGGCAAUGUCGCCGGAGUUAGACGGAUUUUCGAGAUGUGGAUGGAAUGGAUGCCUGAUCGUCAUGCGUGGCUCUCUUACAUUAAAUUUGAACUCAAAUACAAAGAAAUCCAACAUGCAAGAGACUUAUUCGACCGUUUUGUUCUAUGCCAUCCUACCGUUGCUUCUUGGAUCCGUUAUGCAAAAUUUGAGAUCAAGAACGGUGAUGCUUGUUCAACAAGAAAUGUUUUUGAAAGAGCUUUGGAUAAGGUUGUUGAUGAUGAAGAAGCUCACAAGCUUUUUCUUGCUUUUGCAGACUUUGAAGCAAGUUGCAAUGAGACUCACCGUGCCGAAUGCAUAUAUCAAUUUGCACUUCACCAUCAUGUUCCUAAGGGAAUCAAUUGCUGAUUAGCUUUCUUUUUUUAGCUAGGAUACUUUUAAUUUUCCUCCAUUGUAAUUUUCAUUACGUUACAAACAAUUACUAUGUGCCGUUACAGUAUAUGAUCAAUAUAUAAAUGUUAAAUAUUUGACUUCCA